AUGCUUGAGCACAGAGCUGGGAUUCGAAAAGGUCGUGAUAUUGGCACACUCAGAUGCGGGUAUGGCAACUUUGAUGUUGCAACGCGACUCAAGUCGAUCUUGAUUCGUCGUGACCUUUACGUGCACCUCAAGUCGAUCUUUAAGGAGUUCAAUGGCUUGAUCACAGAAUUCAUGGAAGAGACUUACUAUGGUCAGAUGAACGUAUCGCCGGACGGAUCUUUUAUCAAGACGGGCCCAGACCAAGACUUGGACGAAGGUGGAUCAGAAGCUGGAUCAGAAAAAGAAGGUGUGGAAACUUGCAACGUGAGCACUUUCGUGACAUUUGGUCCUUUGAAGAACUUAUUGACACGAUUAGCACGCAACACGUUUGAGGUUGCAAUGUGCAAGCUGGCAAAGGAAUCUGUUCCUGGGAAAGCUCUCACUCUUACCUGCCUCAAGGAUGAUGUGCUUGGGAAGGCAAUCCAAGACUGCCGUGCAAAAUAUGAGACUGAUUUCCCUAAGGUAGCCGUGGCUGAAGUUGAGCCCGCUCGAGAACUUCACUCCGGACUGGAGGUGAUCAACAAGUUGAGCCUUGGUUCGGAGGAGGAGUACAAAGAGGAACUGGCUCAGUUCAACCUCAAGGCGAUGAAGCACGAGGACGAUGCUGUCAGGGACUUUGUCUUCUCACGAGUUGAGAUCGUGGUCAACCCUCUUGACGACACACUGAUUCCAAAGUUGCGGAGGGUGAAGAUGAUGGAAGAGAGGAAGAGGAAGCUGUACUUCUACUCUGUCGCCGGAGAUGGUGCGAUCAAUUGGGAGGUGACCCGAAAGGCUUUGGCUUCGAAGGUGUACAACCUGGCCACGGCUCUUGUGGAUCCUGACCCUCAAGACCUUCUAUCAAGAUUCCGUCGAGGUCGCCGACCUUUUGCGGGCAACGUGGAAGAGAAGAUCAUGCUUCGGAGCCAGAAGGGUCUGACCGAAGCGAAGACGACGAUGAA